GUGUGUUCUCAACCUGCCAUGGUACUUUUCAAUAACACCACAUCAUCCUCUUCAGUCUUCCUCCUCACUGCGUUCCCUGGGCUGGAAGUGGCUCAUGUCUGGAUCUCUAUCCCUGUCUGCUGUCUCUACACCAUUGCCCUCUUGGGAAACAGCAUGAUCCUGUUUGUCAUCAUUGUUGAGCAGAGUCUCCACAAGCCCAUGUACUAUUUCCUCUCCAUGCUGUCAGCUGUUGAUCUAUGUCUGACCAUUUCAACCCUCCCCACCGUGCUUGGGGUUCUUUGGUUUCAUGCCCGGGAGAUCAGCUUUAAAGCUUGCCUCACUCAAAUGCUCUUUGUUCAUGCCUUCUCCUUCUUGGAGUCCUCAGUGCUGGUAGCCAUGGCCUUUGACCGCUUCAUGGCCAUCUGUAACCCACUGAAGUAUGCCACUGUCCUCACAGAUAUGAUGAUCAUGGUGAUUGGACUGGUCAUCUGCCUACGGCAAGUAAUUUUCCUCUUUUCCGUGACUCUAGCCUUGAAGAAUGUUUCUUUUCAUGGAGGCCAGGAACUUUCCCACCCAUUUUGCUACCACCCAGAUGUGAUCAAAUAUUCAUAUUCCAAUCCCUGGAUCAGCAGCUUUUUGGGCAUGUUUCUUCAGCUCUACCUGUGCGGCACUGACUUACUGUUUACCCUUUUCUCCUAUGCCCUAAUUCUCCGUACUGUCCUGAGCACUGUGGCCCCAAAGAAGCAACAAAAAGCUCUCAACACUUGUGUCUGUCACCUCUGUGCUGUCACUGUUUUCUAUGUGCCAAUGAUCAGCCUGUCCAUUACACAUCGCCUCCUGAACUCCACCUCUAAGGUGGUCUGUAGCAUUUUGGCCAAUGUUUACUUGCUCUUACCACCUGUGCUGAACCCUGUAAUUUAUAGCUUGAAGACCAAGACCAUCCGCCAGGCUAUGCUCCAGUUGCUCCAAUCUAAAGGCUCAGGGGGCCCCAAUGUGAGGAGUCUUAGAGGAGGGUAUAAUUGA